AGAUAAACCCAACUACCACUUGUGAGUCAAUGGCAUCUUGAAGUACGACUCACGUUCGAGAACAACAGUAGUAUAAAUAACAUUAGAUUGGCCAUUGUUAUAGAGUCAAUUGAUUCAAAACAUCUUCAUCUUGAUUCAAUUCAUUCUCGUUCGGUGCAAGCCUUAUCAUUGCAGAGUCUCCGGCAUCUCGUUACCGAUAUCAUCACCAACAACAUCAUUCAUCACGAAUCAUCAUCUAGAACCUCACACAUCAUGGGCGAACUCGCCGAAGAAACAAGCAAGCUCCAUCUCGGCUCUACGCCGUUUGGCAAGCCCAUGUUGCAAGAGUUUCUCAAUGAUCCAGCUUAUCACAACAUGAACAAUGGCUCAUUCGGCACCAUCCCACGCCACAUCCGCCAAGUCCUCCGUUCCUACCAAGACGAAACCGAGGCCCGUCCAGACCCCUUCAUCCGCUGGACCUACCACGACCACCUGCGAGAAUCCCGCAAAGCCGUAUCCCAAAUCAUAAACACCCCCCUCGACAGCACCGUCUUCGUCCCCAACGCCACAACGGGCGUCAACACGGUCCUCCGCAACCUCGCCUGGGCCGCCGACGGUCUCGACGAGAUCCUCUACUUCUCCACAAUCUACGGCGGCUGCGCAAAGACAAUCGACUACAUCGUCGACACCCGCUACGGCCGUGUCUCGGAGCGCGGCAUCCCGCUCACGUACCCCAUGGAAGACGCCGACAUCGUAACCCUCUUCCGCGAGACCGUAGCAAAAUCCCGCGCCGAGGGCAAACGCCCGAAAAUCUGCCUCUUUGACGUCGUUACCAGCUUACCCGGCAUCUGCUUCCCCUGGGUCGCCAUGACCGCCGUCUGCCGCGAACUGGGCGUCAUGAGCCUCGUCGACGGCGCGCAAGGAAUCGGAAUGGUCCACCUCGACGUCGCGGCCGCCGAUCCGGAUUUCUUCGUGUCGAAUUGCCACAAGUGGCUGCACGUCCCGCGCGGGUGCGCCGUGUUUUACGUGCCCGAGCGGAAUCAGCAUCUCAUGGCGUCGACGGUGCCGACUUCGCAUGGGUAUGUGCCGCGGUCGGGGCAGGUGCGGUUUAACCCGCUACCGGCGAGCAAGGAUUCGCUGUUUGUGACAAAUUUCGGGUUCAACGGGACGUUUGAUAAUAGCCCGAAUUUGUGUGUUAGGCAUUCGAUUGAGUGGCGUCAGAGUAUUGGUGGGGAGGAGAGGAUUGUCGAGUACCUUCAGACGUUGGCCAAGAGCGGCGGUCAGAAGAUUGCUGCGAUUCUUGGGACGUUUAUUCUGGAUAACAAGAAUGAGACGUUGACCAAGUGCGCCAUGGUUAAUGUUGCGUUGCCGAUGGUGACGGGACCUGCUGCAGAGGUGGGUUCUGAUGGUACGGUCACUGUUCCCGAGACGGAAUCCGGAGCUGUUGGGGCCUGGCUUGUGUCCAAGUUGAUGAGUGAGUACCAAACCUUCUUGCCGAUCUACAGGCACGAUGGCCGUUGGUGGGUCAGGGUGAGUGCGCAGAUCUUCCUCGAUGAGUCCGACUUUGAAUGGACCGGGAACAUGUUGAAAGAUCUGUGUGAGCGUGUGGGCAAGGAAGAGUACAAGACGGAGGAGAACAAGUAGAGGAGAGAGGAGAUGCCCGAGACGUUGGG